AUGGAAAAUGAAGAAAGAACUCAGUUGGAUGCCCAAUAUCAGAAGGAGCUGAACGGUCUGAAGGAAGAUGUCGCUAGGCUCACUAGCUUACUCGAACAAGCCUUGAGAUCUAAGUCAGGGGAAGGGACAUCCUCCCAACCAGCAUUUACCGCUCAGAUACCACCGACGCCUCCGACGUUCUUCAACCUACCAAACAAGGGGGCAAGUGGAUCUUCACAUGAGCCCCAAUAUGCUACGCAUUUCCCAACUCAGCCUAUAUACCCGAUGGGGAUUCCUCAUGCUGAUGAGUUAACCUUAGAGGGGUCUCAUAAGGACAAAAUGAUAGGAGCUGAAGGUUUGGAGAAAUUGACUGCCCUAGAGGAGAGGAUGAGGGCAGUUGAGGGAAAUCAUUUGUAUGACCCGGUGAAAGCCGUCGAGAUGUGUUUAGUACCUAACGUAGUCAUUCCUAAGAAGUUUAGGGUGCCAGAAUUCAUUAAAUACACUGGAACUCAAUGUCCAAUAACCCACCUUAAGUCAUACUGCAAUAAGAUGGCUGAAGUAGUACAAGAUGAGAAGUUGUUGAUCCAUUUCUUCCAGGAUAGUUUAAGCGAUGUCGCUCUCACUUGGUACAUGCGUUUGGACAACACCAAGGUGAGGGGAUGGAAAGACCUAGUUGAUGCCUUUAUUAGGCAAUAUAAAUUCAAUAUGGACAUAGCCCCUGAUAGAUCAAGCUUGCAUUCGUUGGAGAAAGGUCAUAAGGAAUCUGUAAGGGAGUAUGCACAAAGGUGGCGCGAAACGGCGGCACAAGUUAAUCCGCCCCUAUUGGAGAAGGAAAUGAUAGGUUUGUUUUCCAAUACUUUUAAAGCACCGUACUUUGAGUACUUGGUGGGAAGUGCUGAACAAGCCAUUCGAAUGGGUAGGAUCACAGAUCCAAGUGAAAAAAGGGGUUUUGUUGGACGCAAGAAGGAAGUUGAUGUCCACAACGUCGAAAGAGAAGGUAAGGGAAGAAAGCACAACUUCAAGCCACUCAUGACCAUUCCUCCCACAUCCAACAUAAAUUUCACUUCGCCUUAUCUAAAAAACCAAACAAAUAUCCAAAAUAUCCCGUACCACCAAAGGAACACAUUUCACCCACCCAGAAACUUCCCUGCAAACCAAGAAGAACUGCCCCCACUUCCCAUACCUCUUAGUGAGAUGUAUCAAAGAUUGCUCAGCAUUGGCCAAGUAACACCUGUUCCUUUAACACCCUUGCAACCACCUUUUCCUCAAUGGUACCGACCAGACCAGAAAUGUGAGUACCAUGCUGGUAUCACAGGCCAUAAUAUUGAUGGUUGUUUGGCUUUCAAAAGGAGAAUCCUCCAACUUAUCAAAGCGGGUUGGAUUUCCUUUGAUGAUUUUCCGAACGUAAAAUCUAACCCGCUACCACACCAUGCUUCUGGAAGUGGAGGGGUGAAUGCUUUGGAAGAAGAAGAGAGGGGUACUAAUGUCUUAAAGUUGUCAAUGGAGAGAUUGUACAAAAUAUUGGAGCAAACUAGGUACCUCCAAACACCCAUCAAAAAGCAAGCUGCAGUGCAUAAGGGUGAAUAUUGUGAGGAUCAUCAUCAUAUGGGACACCAUGUAAACUCUUGUAAAGAGUUUCGGGUGAAAGUAGAAGACAUGAUGACAUUGGGAGUGUUGAGGAUAGGAGUGCCUAAAGAAAACCUAGUAGGAACCAUGACUGGUUUCGACAAGAAAAUUGAAGUAUGUAGAUAUCAACCAACGGAGGGAGGACCCCCAAGAAUGAUUUUGGCUAGACCUACGAGCAUGGUUAGUGGAAAUUAUAAUGUCAUACCUUAUAAUUAUGGUUAUUCUUUCCAUACCACGAGACCGGCUCCUACUCUUCAUGCUGAAGUUGGGGGGUUAACCCGAAGUGGAAGGUGCUAUACUCCUGAAGAGCUAGAAGACCAAAGGAGGGCAAAAGGAAAGAAUGUGGUGGAGUUGGCCAAGAUGGAUGAGGUCAACAAACCAGUGAGCGAUGAGGAGGCUAACGAGUUCUUGAAGCUAAUGAAGCACAGUGAAUAUAGUAUGGUGGACCAGUUGAAAAAGACCCCCGCUAGAAUCUCUCUACUAUCAUUAGUUUUGAGUUCAGAGUUGCAUAGAAACAUUCUCCAGAAGGUCCUUAACGAAGCAUAUGUUCCUCAAGAUAUCACACAAGAUUCUAUAGAACAUUUGGUGGGAAGGAUUCAAGCCACUAACUAUCUCUAUUUCACAGAUGAUGAACUAGAUCAUGAAGGAACUGGUCACAAUAAACCAUUAUAUAUCACUGUGAAAUGUAAGGAUUGUGUGAUCGCCAAGGUGCUGAUAGAUAACGGUUCCGCUUUGAAUGUGUUGCCAAGGCAUGUGCUCGAUAAAAUGCCAAUUGAUGCCUCUCAUAUGAAGCCAAGUACCAUGACAGCUAGAGCAUAUGAUGGUUCGCCAAGGCCGAUUAUGGGAAAUAUCGAUGUUGAGCUUGUAAUUGCCCCCAGCCAUUCUAAGUUACUUUACAAGUGA